AAGAUCAAAUUCCCUACAAGUUGCACGAAUCAAACUCACGAAUAUUCCUCAAAAAACCGAAUUAAACCCAACUGAAUUUAACCCUUUAGCCCAACUAUAGUCAACUCAUUCAUCGGUUAUACUAGAAGAAGAAAGCUACUUGAUUGAUUUCGUUUGGUUUCAUCUGGAGCACAGUCAAAUCAUCCCAGUUUGACAAAUCUGCUGCAUCUAUAUCUUGAUCAGGACAUUUUUGUGUGUUUGAUUCCUCGGUUUAUGGUGACAAACAAGACGGUUUUUUGAUGAACCGAAACUAGAAGUCAACAAUACUCCGGGUUUGACUUUCGAACAAAAGAAAGAAGACCAAAUGAUAAGUAGAGUCGGAAGUUACCUUUCUCAAAGUGUAUAUUCCGUUGCCACCCCUUUUCACCCUUUCGGUGGUGCCGUUGACAUAAUCGUUGUUCAACAACAAGAUGGAUCGUUUAGGAGCACCCCGUGGUACGUUCGGUUCGGAAAAUUUCAAGGUGUUUUAAAAGGGGCCGAAAAAGUUGUUAAAAUCGAAGUUAACGGUGUAGAAGCCGAUUUCCAUAUGUAUCUUGAUAAUUCGGGUGAAGCUUAUUUUAUCAAAGAAAUCACCCCCGAGAAAGAUAACGACGUAAAAGAUUCCAAUGGUUCAUUAGAUUCUACAAAAGACGACGAGAAAAAUAAUAACGUAGACGUUCCGUUUCGAGAUGAUCGUGCGGAGAGUACGGAAUCGGAUAGUGAAAAACGAUUUUACGAGUUUCAAGAUGAACAAGCGUCUUCUUUAGAUGGAUCAGUUGAUUUAUCGGAUUUCGGGUCGAAUCGGUAUGAUAAUUUAGAAAAUGAUUUAAAGUCGAAUGAUUCGGAAGUAGUUUUGUUCAGCGUUGACGGUCAAAUUUUGUCGGCUCCGAUAACGUCAAUGGAGGAAAAUACGGAGAAUGUGCAAUUGAGCACACCGCAGUUUCACUUGGGCCCGGUUGAAGCGCAAGAGUUCGAAGGUGAUUUGGAUUUAAGUAAUGAAUCUACAUGGGCUCAAUAUUUAAGUGAUCUAAGUAGACCGAAUGAUAAUGAUAAUAAAACAGAAACUCAUAGUGAUGUAAAGAAAGAAGAUGAAACUGAAGGGGUCAAAAACGCCGAACUUGUAAAUUUAGAGGUUAAAAGUGAAUCUACGGUUUCCGAUGUUGCAAAUGGUGGCAGUCAAGAUCAUGAAUCUUUAAAGUUAACGGUUGAAAAUGGAACGAUAAGGGUGAAUGUGAAUUCGCCAAUAACGGAACACAAAAGUUCGGAUGUUGAAACUGUUAAAGAUGAAGUUCGUGAAGAAUGUGAACGGGCCGAAGAUAGUUCAAACAGGACUGAAAAUGAAGACGGGUGCACCACGUCUGUAACCGAGGAGCCUCAGUCGUAUUAUGACGAUAAUGGAAAUUUUGAUGGACCGAAACAAACAAGGAUAGAGAUAUCACUUUGCGGGAAUUUGCUUCGGCCCGGCAUGGGUUUGAGUACAGCCGCAGAAGCCUUUAACGCCCACCGUGUACCCGAGGAAGAAUUCAAAGUUUCCGCAACAUCAAUAAUUAAAAACGACAGCUUAAUAAUCAAAAUCGAAGAUAAAUACUUCACUUGGGAAAAAGCCGCUCAUCAUGUUCUCGGAAUGGCUGCAUACGGGUUAGAAAUGCCUGUGGACCCCACGGAUGCAAUUCCUGUAGAGUGGUGUGGGCCCCGCGAAGACACCGGGCUCCCCACAACUCCAUCGGGCCGUAGAUGGAGGCUCUGGCCCAUUCCUUUUAGACGGGCUAAAACGCUUGAACAUAAUGCCAGUAAUAUAUCAGGUGAAGAUGUUUUUCUUGAUUCCGAAUCGGUUUUUGAUUCCCCACAACCCGUUGAAACAACAACCCCGACACGUUUACAGUCUCCGCAAAAGCAAUUUGGUAGAACACAUGUUCCGACUACUGAGCAAAUAUCGUCGUUGAAUUUGAAAGACGGGCAAAAUAUGGUUUCGUUUAUUUUUUCGACCCGAGUUUUAGGAGUUCAAAAGGUCGAUGCUCAUAUUUACUUGUGGAAGUGGAACGCUAGAAUUGUUAUAUCGGAUGUUGAUGGGACAAUCACAAAGUCGGAUGUUCUGGGUCAGUUCAUGCCCUUAGUUGGGAAGGAUUGGACUCAAUCUGGGGUAGCCCGACUCUUUUCUGCAAUAAAGGAAAACGGAUAUCAAUUACUGUUUUUAAGUGCUCGCGCAAUUGUUCAAGCAUAUUUAACUAGAAGUUUCCUCGUUAAUCUCAAGCAGGACGGGAAAGCCUUACCCAACGGUCCGGUUGUUAUUUCACCCGAUGGCUUAUUUCCAUCAUUGUUCCGUGAGGUUAUUAGAAGAGCACCUCACGAAUUCAAGAUUGCGUGUUUAGAAGAUAUUAAAGCCCUUUUUCCAUCUGAUUACAAUCCAUUUUAUGCGGGCUUCGGUAACCGAGACACCGACGAGCUUAGUUACCGAAAAAUCGGGAUUCCAAAGGGCAAAAUUUUCAUAAUUAACCCUAAGGGUGAGGUAGCGAUUAGUCAUCGGAUCGACAUGAAGGGGAAGUCUUACACCUCUUUGCACACAUUAGUCAAUGACAUGUUCCCCCCAACAUCAAUGGUUGAACAGGAAGAUUAUAACUCGUGGAAUUAUUGGAGAGUGCCAUUGCCAGAUGUCGAGUUGUAGUAGCUCUCGGGUUUUUGCAUCCUUGAUGGUGUAGUCAUAUGACACAUUGUGUCGAGCAUUGAUUCAUAUGUUAAAACCGAUCAGUUAGUUUUUGUUUGUAAAUCGACUUUAGCUGUUGUAAUUCAUGAAGAAACUGUUGAAAUCCCAUGGUUUAUAAAUUGUUUACUUGUUCUUCGUA